UUUUAUUAAAGAGGGAGACGGAGAUUGUACGUUUUAUGUUUAUUGCUCAACCGGGAGAUGUUUUAUGUUGUGUUUAUCACACACGAUACACUCACUCACUAACACACGUCACACAUUUAACUACCCUCUACAUCCGUAUCCGUAUAUAUAUUUACGGCUUCUUCUUUCUAAAACUGAUUUUAUUUUUUUCGAAAACCACCCCAAAAUUUUAAUCGAAUAAGCACAAAUUAGGGUUUGCUUCGCGCCGUCUAAUCUGCGUUGCGCCACCACCCCGCGGCCGUCAGCCAGGUUUAGAAACUUUGGUCGACCUUCAAGUUCGUAGAGAGUAGAGAACUACGAUUUCUAUGGAAAAAGUUAGUGAAGAUGCUAACCUCGAAUUUAAGUGGCUUACGAAGAGAGGUGUUGGUGGGAAAAAUAGAAAGGUUCAAUUUUAUGAAUCUUUCAUAUAUGAUGGAGUGAAGUACUCAUUAUAUGAUUGUGUGUAUAUGUACAAAGAAGGCAUAGAAGAGCCUUUUAUUGGCAUGUUGACGAAAAUAUGGGAGUGUCCAGACAAGUCAAAGAAAGUUAAAGUCCAUUGGUUUUUCCGGCCGGAGGAGAUAUCCACGUGGCUUGGAGAGACCAAGACCCUCGAAAAUGAAAUUCUUUUUGCAUCCGGUGAAGGUGUUGGUUUGGCAAAUAUGAAUCCUUUGGAAGCAAUUGCUGGUCCAUGUAAUGUUGUUUGCAUCUCGAAAGACAAUAGGAACCCUCAACCAUCAGAUGAUGAACUUAAAGCGGCCGACUUCAUAUUCUAUCGUACAUUUGAUGUUCAAAGCUGUACUAUAUUGGAUAAGAUGGACAAUGCAGUUGGUGGGAUUGACAUUAAAUAUGUCUUUAACCGAAAGGAUGGUGAAAGUAUCAGCCCUUCCCCUGAUGGUACCUCUGACAGGAAGGAGGAAAACCCAAAUACUACUAUCCCUAAUGAUCAAAAUCAGUCUUUAACAGUAACCAUAUCUAACAAGCUUAAGGGGGCUGCAAAAGAUGAAUCUCAAGACAAAGAUAAUCCAAGCGUGUUGAAAAGGAACAUGACCCUUACAGAGUAUGAUAAAUUACAAGAUCGUCCCUUGAAGAAACUUAAGCCCGAUGAUAAAAAGUUACCCGAGGAAAAACAUGCUGAACUCAAAGUUGCUCAAGAAUCUGAGAGAUUGGUGGACAUGCCCUCCAAGAAAUCCAAGCUUGUGAAUUCUAUCAAACUACCGGUUGAUGGUAAAUCAAAACUUGAAGAUAAGUCAUCGCCCACUGUUAAUAAUUUAAAAUCUGCGAGAACAUCCGGCACAAAUUCAGAGAUUGGUAAAACUGAUAUGGCUGAUAAUGUGGAAGCUAAUGAGAGAAACAAGACUCCUACAGGAUCUGAUAAAUUACCUGAUCGCCCCUUUAAGAAACUUAAAUCUGAUGAUGAAAAGCCACCGGAGAAACAUGUUGAAGUUGAAGUUCCUAGGGACCCUGAGAGAUUAAUGGAUACAUCCUCCAAGAAAUCCAACGUUGAUAGUAAGUUCAGACAUGAAGACAAGCUACCAGCUGAUGUUAAUUUGAAAGCUACCAGAAUAGCUGGCACAACUGAAGUCCAAAAGAAUGGCAAGACUUCAGUAAAAGUGGCCGAUGAUAUAGAAUGCAGUAUAUUAAAGAAAACAAGAGAUGAUUGUGCUCCAAAAAUGACAGAUAUUAAGAAGGGGAUUAAUACCAAUGGCAGUAACAGGAAAGAUUUGGUACCAAAAGUUGGAUCUUCUAAAGGAAAAACAAAAUUGGAACCGGUUUUGGAAUCUCGUGGGACUAACAAGGAACCUAAAGAGGACCAGUCUGGUGACGGUGAAAGUAAACGGAAGCUAUCGAUGACCAAAUCUUUCAAGGUGCCUAAUCCAUCCACUGAUAGAAAUAAGCAAAGCGCUCACCAGGAAUUCGAAUGUGGUCCAAAGCCAAAUGUUGAAUCAAGCUGGUUUAAGAGACUUCCUUGGGAAGAUAGAUUGAAGAAUGCAUAUGAUCAAGGAACAGCGAUCCUUCUCCACAAUGUGGACCCAAGUUAUACCUCAGAGGAAGUCGAGGAUAUUAUUUGGCAUGCUUUUACGGAAAAGUGUGAAGCAAAGGUUCUACAGCGCACUGCAGUAUCUAGCCAACAUUAUGCUCAAGCUCUUAUUUUACUAAGGACAAAAGAAGUUGCACAGAAGGUCCUUAGAAAAUUGGAUGAAGAUUGCUUGAUGUUAGUAACAUAUGGAAGGCCUCUUGUCGGUACCCGUUGUCCUCCUCUAUCAACAAAGAAAAAUUCUAAAUUUUUUGGCCACCUUGUCGUUGAUAAGGCUAGAAUCCAAAAUAAUCGCGAGAUGGAUGAAGCUGUAUCGACCUCACAUUUUUCACAGCCAAAUACUAUUGAAUAUGACAUGGCCAUGGAAUGGUCUUUACUACAAUCAAGGUCCAAGAAGUGUUGGAAUGCAUUUCACAAGCAACAAGAAGGUGAGUUGAAAAAACAGUUGUCCGACCUUAAACGAAAAUGAGAAUAAAGCUUCAUAGACUGGCUGCCAAGGAAGAGUGUUUUUGUCAAUAGUUCUCACCAACGUUGCAGUCUUGCCUGAAAUUCCUUGGUGGUGGUCCAUUGGCACGGACUUGUGCCUCAGUGUGUAGAGGUCGCAAGUUCUAUCCUUGGUAUAAACCACCUAGUGGCCACGAAGGUUCACCUGCUAUUACUUUGGUCUCGCAAAGUGAGUCACCUUGGGAUUAGUUUGUUUGCAAAAUGAGUGAGAUCAGCCAAGCUCAAAAUCAUCUGUACAUUGCUACCUUAGAGAUGCCGCAAAUCACCGGUUCAUUUGUUUUGAUGCUUUGGUAAAUUCUUGUAUGAUAGUUGGUGGUUUAGCGACCUUUGAUGGAUCUUCAUUGAAUCCCCUAUGCCUUUUUUUUGUCCAAAGAUAGUAUGAAAGUUUAGUUUAGAACCUUUUCUAUUAAAUUGCAGCUUCACCUUUGCUGAAAUUCAAUCGGUUGACGGGUUGUUUUUUUUUUUUCUCUCUGUGAAAAUAUAUUUCGCUGAUAACUUAAGAAUCAGAUUUCAUCCGAUACCUA